AAUUAUAAUAAUGGAAUUCACUAACCUGAAAAUUCUGUCACCACUGUCACCCACUGUGCGCCAUAUUUCUUCAGUCUCUUUAAAUUUUGAAACAAUUGAAAAACGCGGCGACAAAUUUCGCGGGAACAUGACGUCACGAUAUCUUUAGUUGUGUAUGUUAAAAUCAGUGAUACAAGGUAUGCAUGUAGAGAAGCGACAUCAGCGCUGCCUGGAUUUUCUGCGCCGAGUUAAAAUUUGCAUCAAGUUCACAAGAGUGGAGCUUGGAGGGCCUGGUUUAGUCUUCUUGGAUCUGUAGUCACUGCGUGCUAUCACAUUUUUAGAAUUAAAAAACAGUUUGUAAUUCUAUAUAAGCUUCUCUAAUUUAAAUUUUCAACAAUAAACAGAAAUUUUCAUUACUAUGGUAUAAUUCAUAAUGCAGAAUCAUUAAUAAUUCUCAAGCUCUCAAGAGGUUAAUUAAUGAAUGCAUUAAAAACACAAUCGGAAAAAGGACGUAUAAUAGAAAAAAAGCUUAACAUGUCUGUUUUACCAUUUAUUUUAUUCAAAGGUUGCAUUAAUUAUGUCAGUGAGUUUGAUACCUGUGCUAUGAUUUGUGAUAAUAUUAUCAAAGAAGUGGAGAAUUAUGACAGUGAUAUAGUACCAGUAGGAUUUGAUUUAGAGUGGCCUUUUAGUUUUCAAACAGGAAGUGGAAAAACUGCUUUAAUACAAAUAUGUUUGAAUAAUAAUAUAUGUCAUCUAUUACAUGUAUAUUCAUUGAAAAAGCUACCUGCUGCAUUGGUCAUUCUUUUAAGUCAUCCAAAAGUAAAACUAGUUGGAGUUAAUGUAAAAAACGAUAUUUGGAAAUUAGGUAGAGAUUUUACAGAAUUUCCAGCAAGUAAAGUGGUGGAAAAUAAUUGUAUAGAUUGUGGUACAUUUGCAAAUAGGGUAUUAAAUAGAUCUUGUCGUUGGAGUUUAGAGAAAUUAACUGUACAUUUGCUAAACAAAAGUCUAGACAAAAAUUCAAAAGUAAGAAAAAGUAAAUGGCAUAUACAUCCUCUAAACGAUAACCAAAAAAUGUAUGCCGCAACAGAUGCUUAUGUUUCAUGGCUUCUAUACAUUACCAUACAAGAAAAAGCAAAUUUAAAAGAGAUUGAAGAAAAUGUGAAUUGUAUAUAAUUUGGGUUAAUAAAUACUCAAUGAUAUACCAAAUCAGAUUUAAAGAAAUUGCAAUUACAAGGAAAAUAUUACUACUUUAUCAUGUCU